AUGGCAAACACACAAAGUGGAUUGGGAAACGACAACCCGCAAUCUGAGCCACAAAUGAUUGGGAGUGCAUUAGAACUAACAUAUGCACCUGAGCCAAUCACGAUGGCGGGAGUAUACGCAAUGGUGCGAAUAAUGUUGGGUCAUCAGAUGGAAGAAACAAGGCGUUUACUUCAACAAAGUAAGGACAAACUUACUGUGCCAGUACGCCAGACACCUACUCAUGAGAUAACUAUCGGGGUUGCUAAGUCAGUCGAAGAAGUGAUCAACGGUAGUAUCGCCAACAAGGUUGAAGUUGAUAUGAAAGAAUGCCACAUCUUUGAGAUAGUCACCCAUGUGUCUCUGAAAGAAAUAGUAAUUGUUUCAGAUAAAAGAAUUACUAAAGAGAUUGCAAGGGGUCUUCUGUAUCCUCAUCAAGAUUCCAGAUUAAGAAUUAUUCAUAAGGAUUUAGAAGCUAGCAACAUAUUGUUAGAUAAAGAUAUGAAUCCCAGAAUUUCAGGCUUUGGUUUGGCAAAAAGUAUGGAAGGAAGUAAAACAGAAGCAAAUACAAGAAGAGUAAUGGGAACAUAUGGCUACAUGGCACCAAAGUACACCAUUGAUGGGAUUUACUCCACUAAAUUUGAUGUCUUCAACUUUGGUGUAUUGGUGUUAGAGAUAGUAAAUGGAAAGAAAAAUAGAGGAUUUCAUCAUGCAAAUCAUGAUCUUAAUCUUUUAGGACAUCCAUGGAGGCUAUAUAAAAAUGGGAAGCAAUUGGAACUGAUGGAUGACACUAUUAACGAUUCAUAUGUACAUACACAAGUGAACAAAGCAAUUUAUAUUUGUUUACUAUGUGUGCAAAAGUAUCCUGAAGAUAGACCAGAUAUGCCUUUGGUGGUUGUUAUGUUAGGUAGUCAAAUUCCAUUACCUGAACCUAAACAACCUGGUUUUUAUACAGAAAGAAGAAGACCACAAGAAGCAGAUUGUUCAUCUAGUAAUCCUGAAUGGAGCUCAUCAAAUCACUUAUCUGUUACGUAUCUUCAACCUAGAUAUAAAUUGGUAUAA